AUGUACAGACCACCUCCAGGUCCCCCACCAGGCUGGACAGCCCAACAGCAAGACGAGAUCAAUGACAAUCCUCCUCCGUAUCAUAACUGGCAAGAACAAGUCCCUGACACAUCGACAUUACCGCCUCCACCGGCAAUAUCGAGGUUUGCUUCUGAGACGGGGAAUGCAUCUGGUGACGAUGCCGAUCGCGCAAAGGAGUUUUGCAACGAGAGGCCAUUAUGGAGGCCUGUCAGGCCCUCAGAAGCAGUCUACACAAGCACUCUAAACGGCGACAUUCGUCCCGGCCAACCCAUCGAAUAUCGCGGUACUCUCGACACCCCGAGUCGCGGCCACUGGAGAAUCCGCAGCGACAAAAACUGUCGUGAUUGCAGCAUUAUUUCCUUAUUACCGUUAUACUACGCCAUGCGUGAUUCGCCCAUGGUCACGGAGAGGCCAAAGACGAUCUACUUUGAAGUCACCAUUAAUAAGUAUCAUCGUCGACCGUUUGGAGGUGAUGCGAGCGGGUUUUCGAUUGGAUUUGUAGCGCAGCCGUAUCCCUCGUGGCGCUCGCCGGGAUGGGAUAGAGCUAGUAUUGGAGUCUUCUCGGAUGACGGAUGUAGAUUUGUGAAUGAUAAUCUCGGCGGGAAGGAGUUUACGAGUGCGUUUCGAACGGAGGAGACGGUGGGAUUGGGGAUGAGGUUUAAUCCACCUGGCAUAACAAGCACAAAUGCACCAUCACAACGACUGGUAUUAGAUGCGACGGUAUUCUUCACGAGAAACGGUGUUGAAGCCGGAAGUUGGGAUUUGCAUGAAGAGUUGGACUCGGAGGCGGAAGGUGUAUAUGGUCUGGAAGGAAAGUUCGAUCUUUAUGCGGCUGUGGGAAUCUUUGGUGGUGUAGAUGUUGAGGUCAAGUUUGAUCCGGCGAAGUGGAUGGCUAGAUACUAG